CGCAUGAGAAGGGGUACCCGCAGCUGCAUUGCCUGUCAGAAACGAAAGGUUCGGUGUGUCUUCCAGUCCGACAAACCUGACUGUUGUAUACAUUGCUUAAGGCGCAAUUCUGUGUGUAUUCCGCAAGCCCUGGCACCGGGCCAGAGUCAACCCACGACCGAUGGAUACCAUGAGCACGAAUCUCCACUUGUGACGGCUUAUCGUUCCCUGCAGAGGCGGUUGAAAGCCCUGUUGCCCGCACCGACUGUUCCCUUAACAACAAGACAGCAGGCACAAGCCAUAGCCACCUCUACCGCACCUGAGGGGGGUAGACUUCUUAGGGACGCGGAAUGUGCUCCGAUUAUGAAACUCAUCGAAAAUGAAAUGGUGGGUGAAUGUCAACCGACAAAGGCCUGCUGUGUAAUCUCUUACCAAGAGAUAGGGGAUGAACACCACCCGUCUCACAAGGAGCGCUCCAAUGCUAGCCCCGAGAUCUCCUCCAAACAUACAGAGGCCUUGCGGGGUCUGUAUGCUGCAUUGCCGACGGUUCUCAACCUCCAAGAUAUUUUAGUCAAGCAAAGCCAAUGGUGGGAAUCCUGGCGUGAUGCGUUCGGUCUCUCGUGGGGUGAGGAAACAGACAGGACUCUCGAAGGUUUCGCCAUCCGUGCUCUUCGCUCUGAGGAUCCCUGCUUACUAGGCAGCCUCCUUGUGUGCUUGGCCCUGGGAACCGGCGCCUUCGGGACUUAUCUGUCGGCCGUCGAACGAUGGAUUCUUUAUGACGAUGACCUUGCUGGUUGCGAGCAUGGGCUGGAAUGCCUGAUGGGGUUAGGACUCUGCCACUUCAGCGCAAUGCAGCACCAUCGUGCCUGGUCGGUUUAUCGACGAGCAAAUACCCUCCUCCAGCUACAUGGUAUUCAUCGGGCACACAGAAAAUCAGAAAAGCUUGAUGGGAUCUUCUGGCAACUCUUCCACGCCGACCGAUGGCUCAGUCUGAUGAUCGGUCUUCCUUACUCGGUGCCAAACGAUCUUUGUGAUCUCUACAUUCCUCCGUCGAACCCGGGAUCCUUCAUCACGUUUCACCAUCGUCAUCUUGCCAUUUUGACCAGUCGAGUCAUUGAUUGUGUACAAGCCACUAGUCCACCUCCUCUAUCCAUGAUUUCUGCAAUUGACGAACAAAUUGAUGCCGUGGCCGCCCAUCUCCCGCCGCAGUACCUUGAUCUAACUCAUAUAUCCAAUCUGGAAGAUAGGAGAGAGAGGUACGCCCGUAUUUACCGACUCACGCAGGUCUAUCAGCUUAAAGCGUACCUGCAUCUGCCGCUCUUUCUUCAGCGCUUAGAUUUACCUAAGCGCAGGUAUGGGCGGGAAAUAUGUGCGAACAGCUGCCGCUGCUACUUGGAGGCAUUCCUCUUGCUCUGUGACGAUGACCCUCAGAGAGCAGGCACAGAUAACAGCAUUAAACUCACCGGAUUCUCGGCGUUUAUUGCGGCAUUGACACUACUCCUAGCUAUUCUGGACGACACCCGGGGCACCACCAGCCCAGCGGGUGUUUCAUCGGAAAACAAACAAUCCGAUGAAACUCUGAUCAAGAGAACGAUGAAGGCGUUGGAGGUCUGCGCAGCAGGCAGUAUGGAUUCUUUGUGCGGUCGUUGCCUCACAGCCUUGAAUGGCUUUGUUACAGUUUGUCACGAGGCAGCAGGCAAUACAAUUCACAAGGUCGAUCUGCCUUAUUUCGGGGUCCUGUCCAUC